GCCUUCCGCCCAAGAGAAAGAACAUCCGGUUGGUCGCCGCCGUGCUCCGCCUGGCGCCGUGCCUGGGCAGCCUCACGCUGUACGACUACGACGAGGCCUGGGGCGAGGACGUGUGGACCGUGUGGGCCGUCCCCGCCGCCACCACCGCCUGCGCCGUCACCAAACUCUGCAUCCACUUCCGGGCGUCCGACGCCGUCCUCGUCACUAUGAUCCUCGCCAGGCAAGCUUCGCUGGGGCGGUUAAAAGAAGUCGAGCUGUACGUUCACAGUCCGUUGUAUAGACGUCCGGAGCGACUGUGCGCGUUACUGGACCAAUUGCUGUUCACUCCUGGACUGGAGGCGAUGGACGUAGCCGGCAACCCGUACGACGGCCUGAACGUGCCGCUGCCGGCGCCUCCUCUCCUGACGAAAGGCAGUGCCUCCAUGUCCAUGUCCAUGCCGGCGUCACUUCGUCGGGUGCGAUUCGAUUACUACAACAGCAUCCUGGACUCCCACCUGCACCUCAUCCUGCAGUGGCAUGCGGCCACACUGGAGGACGUGUGCAUCAUGGGGGACACUCCGCGCGCGGCGACCCUGCUGUCCGCGCUGCCCGCGCUGCACACGCUCAAGUGCCCGCUGCUGAAGGGCAUGCUGGCGCUGCUGCAGUGCCCCAGCCUCAAGAAGCUGGCCCUCAUCCUGGACCUCAACGCGUGGACGCGGCCGCUGAUGUCCGAGGCGGAGGAGCUGGUGCGCAGGGCGGCGACGCGCCUGGAGGAGCUGACGCUGGACUACAACCAGGAGAAGAACCCGGCCGCCGAGGCCGUGAACCUGGUGCUUUGCCUGGGCGCGGACGAGGCGCCCACGUCGCUGCGCAGCCUCGCCUUCGUCCUGGCCGACAGCGACGUGCCCCCGCCGGUGCUGCCGCCACUGGCCGCCGUCCUGCACCGCCUGCCGCUCCUCACCAGCCUGGACGUCAACUGCAAGCCCCCGGACGCCUUCCUGCGCGCGCUGGACGGCAAGGUGGUGCCGGCGCUCACCAAGCUCGAGGUCUGGCUCAAGGACGACGAGGACGAGUGGCUGGACAGCGAGCCGGUCCAGACGGUCUACGAGAGGUACCCGGAGCUGGAAUUUUGGUUCUGA